GAAUUCAAAUUUUCAAAACAAACCCGAGAUUGUUGUUCUGUCAUGUACGUGUUUACUGUGAGCUGGCUAGCUUUAACAGACACCACCUAAAAUCCUGAACGAGUUAAAUUAUGGACGCGGAUGAAAAGCACGACUCCAGCACAAAUGAGAAAACGGUGGAUACUCCUAAACCGCCUUCAAUCGAGGACUUCGCCGUUGUGAAGCCCAUCAGCCGCGGUGCCUUCGGCAAAGUCUACCUCGCACGGAAGAAGUGCAAUGCGCGAUUGUACGCCAUUAAGGUGAUGAAGAAAGCAGACAUGGUUGAUAAAAACAUGAUGGGGCAAAUGAAGGCGGAGAGAGACGCACUCGCUCUGAGCAAAAGUCCCUUCGUGGUUCACCUGUUUUACUCCCUUCAGACAGCCACCAAGAUCUAUUUGGUAAUGGAAUACCUCAUUGGUGGAGAUGUCAAAUCUCUGCUUCACAUUUAUGGAUAUUUCGACCAGGAUAUGGCUGUGAAAUACAUUUCUGAGGUUGCUCUGGCUUUAGACUACCUUCACCGUCAUGGUAUAAUCCACAGGGAUCUGAAGCCAGACAACAUGCUUAUAACCAAUGAGGGUCACAUCAAGCUGACAGACUUUGGCCUUUCUAAAGUCAAGCUCGACAGAGAGCUGAGUCUUAUGGAUAUCCUAACUACCCCAUCCUUGGUCAAACCAAAGAAAGAUUAUUUCCGUACGCCGGGUCAAGUCCUCUCCUUAAUCAGCUCUCUUGGAUUUAAUACACCUGCAGGAGAAGGCAAGCGUCACUGCAGCGCAUCUGCAAUGUCCAGUCCCAUGUCCUGUGGCAAAAUAAAACCGAAGAAUAACUCUCUUGGUUCUCCCGUGAUGAAGAAAAAAGAUCAGGUCUACUCUCCGGCUUGCUACCCUUGGAAAUUGGGACCCAACAACAGUUUGUUUAGUCCUCAUAACCUGGCUAAAAAUCUGACUCCCACACUGAUGAAGACCAGAAAGAGGUUUGAGACAAUGAGUGGAGGCAGCAGCACCGACACUGAAGGUGGCAUCAGUCCACUGUGGGAGUGUGAGGAGAAAGAAAAUGAGCAUACGAAUGAACGGAAGGUCAGAGGGCAUUCUCAAUCCAAACGGGACUUUGCGCCCACAAAACCGGGCACCUUCAGGCUCUCUGCUAAGGCCGGCGCCAAUCUGGCCAAAAAGUCAAAUCCAGACCAUCUUGCGGAAAAAAGGCCUCAUACGAACAAACUGGAGUCUGUUUCCACAGCUCGGGAGGAUGUCUGUCUGUCAGUGACGGACGACAAACCAGCUGCUGUUCCCUCAUCUGUGAAGAGAACAUUUUCAGAUGUAGAGAAGAGUCCAGAGCCGUUAGAAAUCCAAGCCAAGAAGAGCAAUGCAGACUACAGAAGAUUCUAUGAGAUUCCAGAAGAGACUGCGAGGUUUCACACUGGCCUAACAGGAACAUUUUCCACCAUCCAAAUAGGCGACUUCAUGGCCUCCACUGAGGGGAUUGGUUCAGCUGAAGACCGGGUCCCAAAGCGCUCCAGUCCCAUUGCUGUGGCCAAAACCCUGUUUUGUGAACUGGAAGAGCCAACAGAGGACGUGUUUGAAGAUGGAGCCAAAGACCUGUCGCAUACAAGUUUCACAUCACCACUCACUGAGAACAGUGACAUUUGCCGGAGCUUGAGCCUGGACUCUGACGGGUCCAUGCACGAAAUGUCUCUCACUAUGGAGAGCUGCUCAUCUCUCAAACCGAGCAAGUGCUCCACCAACAGGAGCCUGAAAUCAUCUGAGGAGCAAGAGGAAAAUAGAGACUCCUUCAUCACUGAAUCCCGAUGUCAGACUCCCUCUGCUGUUGCAACUGAAACACCCAAACUGAGUCAUUUUGGCCGGAGAAGUGAAUCUCAGUGUUCCUUUCUCAACCGGCUCCCUGAUCUGGCUUACGGCCUGACGCAGUCCCCCUCAUUCCUCAAGCCGCGAAACGUCGUAGCUUUCCGUAGCUACUGUAGCUCCAUCAACCGCUCCAGCAUGUCGGGGGUUUCCCGACUUAGCGUUGGGUCUAUGGAGGCUAUGGACUUGUCCACAUCAGCUCCUUAUCACUACGCAUCUGGUUCUGCAACACCAGUGCAGAACAGACCCAAGUCCAGCAGCUCUCUCUGUCAGACUCCUCAGGCCAUGUCCGCCUCCCACACCCCUUUCAGGACCCCGAAGAGUGUCCGGAGGGGCGCGCUGCCUGUCGAGGGUGCACCCAUUUUAGGGACCCCGGACUAUUUGGCCCCGGAGCUUCUUUUAGGAAAACCACACGACUGCAUGGUGGAUUGGUGGGCGCUGGGCGUGUGCCUUUUCGAGUUCCUCACAGGUGUGCCGCCUUUCAACGACGAGACGCCUCAGCUGGUCUUCCAGAAUAUUCUCAACAGAGAUAUCCCGUGGCCCGAGGGAGAGGAGGAACUGUCUGAAAAUUCAAGAAAUGCCAUUGAAAUACUCUUGACAAUGGACAUGAUGAAACGUGCCGGUCUCAAGGAGCUCAGGUGCCACCCCCUGUUUGACGGCCUGGACUGGGAUAACCUGCAGAACCAGCCGAUGUCUUUCAUACCUCAGCCUGAGGACGAAACCGACACCUCGUACUUUGAGGCAAGAAACAACGCUCAGCACAUCGCCGUGUCCGGCUUCAGUUUAUAGAGGUAGAAACGUUAUAAAAACGCAGGGUUUUUAUAAAAGUGUGUUUGUCUCAAAAAAAUCCGACCCAUUAUAUAUAUAUAUAAAUACACAAUAGUGAUGUGGAUUCUAAUUGUUUGUUCGAGGCUGUAAUAUUUUUUAAAAAACAUUUUACGUUUGUGCAAUCACUGGUCAUUAGAGUCAGAUAAAAGCUGAAUCUGUUGACUGCUCAGUCAGUUACGAGUGUUCAUAGUAAAACGUGAGUUUCUUUAAUACCUUUAAAUAAGUGCUAUCAUAUUACAUGCACAAGUUAUAGCUCUUAAAUUAGGUUCCUCUGUUAGCAAAAGAAUAUUUGCUACUGUUUAGCUUGUAGUAGUGUAAAUGUGGCACUUCCUGCCUGAUGAUAACUUCCUCUUCAUUUCUGCUGCUCUGAUCUCUGUGUUGUUCCCCUGCUGUUAUUAGACUGGGUGGGCGGGCCGCCUGAAUUUCUUCGAGGGGUACAACAGUGCUAAAGAAAAACAUCCUAAUAUAUUGAUGAAUAAUGUAUUUUAUUUGUAAAUCUUGUUAGUAACGUUUAGUGUUGUUUUAAGAAGGAAGUUCCUACUUUGUAACUGUUUUUGCUGCUUUUAUAUCACUUGCGAUUUUGAUGUGACAUCAUUGUCCUCUGUCCAUUUUCCACACUACUGUUUUUGUUGUUUUGUUUUGUUUUUUUUAAUAUGUUCAUCUGGCUCUUCGCUACUUUUUUGUGAAAUUUUUUAUCUUGUUCACUUCAACAAAAAAGGGAACUACAAAUAAAAUCUGUUAGUAACAUGA